UAUUGGUUCUCUUUCUUUCUUUCUCUCUCUCUCUCUCUGUGUUGCCUGGCAGAUCACAGCUCUCUCUCUCUCUCUCGCUCUCUCUACCUUUUUAGCUUUUCUUUUCUGCAAGAAGGGUUCUUCAGAACAUAAAUAGAGCACCAAGAAAUAGAAUAGAAUAGAAUAGAAAUAAGGAAGAAAGAGAAAAGGGGGAAGGAAAGGAGGAUGGGAAGAGGCAGAGUGGAGCUCAAGAGGAUAGAGAACAAGAUAAACAGACAGGUUACUUUUGCGAAGAGGAGGAAUGGCCUACUCAAGAAGGCAUACGAGCUUUCUGUACUCUGCGAUGCCGAGGUCGCCCUUAUCAUCUUCUCCAACAGAGGCAAGCUCUACGAGUUCUGCAGCAGCUCUAGCAGCAUGCUCAAAACACUGGAGAGGUAUCAAAAGUGCAAUUACGGAUCAAUAGAAGCUACCGUGCCAUCUCGAGAGACGCAGAGCAGCUAUCAAGAGUACCUGAAGCUUAAGUCCAAGGUAGAGGCACUGCAACGCUCACAAAGGAACCUUCUCGGUGAAGAUCUGGGUCCGCUCAACUCGAAGGAGCUUGAACAGCUCGAACAACAGCUAGAGGUUUCAUUGAAGCAUGUUAGAUCAACAAAGACACAAUUCAUGCUUGAUCAACUCUCCGACCUUAAGAGAAAGGAGCAAAUGCUGCAAGAAGCUAACAGGGCGUUAGUAAGAAAGCUUGACGGAUCGGGGACGGCAAAUCAUCACCAACUUUCAUGGGAUAACAGUGGGCAGCACAUGCAGUAUGGCCGGCACUCUGGUCCCCAGAAUGACGCAUUUUACCAACCUUUGGAAUGUGAUUCGACUCUUCAGAUUGGGUACAAUCCAUCUGGACAAGAGCAGAUUACCAUUGCAGCACCUCCUCAGAAUGUGAAUGGCUUUGUCCCUCCGUGGCUAAUAUUUUAACCGGACUCUUACCACUUUGGCAAAAGACAUAUCCUAGAUGUUGGCAGCUGACUUCAACUUUCAAAUUCUUCCGCCAACUUGACUGGUUUUUAUGCAUCCUUUUCUUGGAUGCCAAUUAUAAAGAGGCUCCAUUCAUGAUUUCUUGCAGUUUAAUGUCAAAUGUGAAGAGAAGUGUCAAGUGGCCCAAAAAUGACAUACAUACUGAACUUAUGAACUUCAGAUAUUACUUAAUGUUGACUUGGCUCGUGUAUAUGUCGAGGCUUGAUUC